AUGCGCGAUCAUGACGAUGGCAAGGUACUACGCGCCUUCUCGAUGGCUGCCUGCACCAUGCUCUCCAAGUACGCAUCCGGCAUAGAAGUAGUCUUGUCCAGCAGCAGAAACUUCAGCUUGCAAAUCGGCGACAGCCCUAUCGCCACUACCUGCCUCUGUUUACUCAAAAUGCUUGCUCUGACCUCCGCACAGCCGCGUCUCCCAUCCCUAAAGGAGUCGCUGCAACGACAAAACAUGACUCUCCCUCGACUGCCCAAACCCGAUAGUGAAUUUGGCUACCAAAUCCUGAUGACUGAACGCCUUUUGUCAGAGUCAAGUGCCGACAUUCCGCAGCAAUAUGGAGUGCAGCGUUUCUCCGCCUACACCGAAACUCCAGAGAUCGUGCGAGCCGAAUUCAUUCGACUCGAUAAGCUAUCGGGUGGGAGUGGAGAAGUGUUUCCACAUAACGCAAGGCAAGAAACGAGUGGACAUGCUUUCUGUGCCAUUCCUUUGGAGUUAGACACUUUCUGUGAUUAUUGCAAUCAACCAAUUUGGGGCCUUGGCUGGGGACCCGUGUGCCAACGCUGUGCUGAUUGCCACAUGACCUGUCAUUGGUUGUGCAAAGACAAAGUGACCAUAUCGUGCGAGGUGAGCCCUCCACCGGCUCACACCACCAUCGGCGGCGCUAAUAGUUACGUCUGUGAUGAUGAUAGUAAUGGUGACCUCGACGAUGACAUCGCUGCAGCGCAAAUGGAACCGAAGGCGGAGGGCGAGGAUCUCCGUACUCUUACCACCUCCAAAUCCUCCUCUCAGCAUGCGGCAAGUACCAACCCUUGCAAUCCCUUUGAAAACCUGCGGGAGGUGCUGCGACCACACCAGCCAUCGACAGAGGCGAUAGCGCGGGCGGUGUCAGUGGGCCCGGAGAUCCAGGUGACGUCCGUGUUGACCAACGCGAACAACAAGCAUCACCGAACCGCCUCGUCUCCCGCUCUGCGUCCGCACUCCCAGUUUGGUUUCUUCGACUCUUCCAUCACCAUUUUGAAAGUGGAUCAGACCUCGAGAGUGGGGGAAGCGAGCAAACACCAACGACCUUUGCUGCGGCCGCCGCGUAUAUCGGCAUCACCGCAAGGGAGGACAAUUCGCCACCAGUCGAUGCUGCAGACGCGUCGUCGUCACAACAAUCGCCGACCCUCAGAGUUGUCGCGCCGCCACACCACCGCUGUGAAUCUCGCCUCUGUCACCGUCGGCACGUACGACAUCAGUAGUCUUGACCGACGCGACAUUCGUGAGCGCGGUAUCUCCGUUUGGCAAUUAAGUCCCGCCGUCGCCUCGUCUCUCGCCUUAAGCGCGACUGUGGCUGCCAAUGAUGCACCGCCGGUGGUUAUGAGCAGCCGCAUGCAGGCCACCGGUUUGGCUGCAGUCACUGGCCAUCAGACCGGGGCGGAGGAGAUUACCUACACUAAGGUAACCAUCGGCCCUCGAAAUGCCGCGCUUCCCUGGAAACCCAUGGAACUUGCUAGACGACUGAACAUCUUCAACACCAAUGACUUCGGCCUCUGCGCCAAAAUGAACCCCAAGUUGCAGCCUGGUGACUGCGAGGGUCAAGUGCGUGUUCACAUUAACCUCAUUCGUCCAGUACGCAUGGUGCUCACCGCCCGGCCGCCCUCCAUCUUCGACAUUGUCGGCGGCGAUGAUGGUGAUGACCCCUCCACUGAGGAGGAGGCGUUCACCAGGGCGCAACAACCGAAGUCUGCCAGAUCCGUCAGAUUGCGCAGCAAGACUAUCGGUCGCAUUACCUCCUUUCGCCUUCCUCGGGGCAGCUCCAAGCUCCUGCAUGUCCAUCUGUCAACAACUGCGAGUCAGGUAAUAAGCAGUCUUCUAGACCGUUUCAAUAUUGACGACAACCCUCAGAAAUUCGCCCUCUACGAACACACCAUUUUCGGCGAGCAUGAUGUCUCGGUACGAAAGUUAUUCGAAGAUGAGUCGCCACUGGGUCUGCUGCUCCAGUGGACUUUGGACUCCUCCGCUGAGGGUGGCGGCAAGGCGGGGGAGGCCCUGAAUCGCGAGCACUUCAAUGCCAUCCUCACCGUCAAGCGUAUCGUGCUGCAGGAGAACGAGACCGGAGACAUCGAGUGGUCUUCUUUCUCUGAGGCGGAGUUGCGCACCUUUCUGAACAUUCUUAAUCGCGAGGAGGCCGAUUACCGGCGUCGCAUAGAGUUGAAGUACCAAAUUCGCAAACACGAGAUUCUACGCCUUAUGAAUCUGCGCGCCAGGUGUCGCCAACGUACCGACACUGUUACCGCAUCCUCCACCACGGUCACGAAUACCUCUAGCAGUGACUGUGGCAACAAUGAUGCCAAACCGCUUGCACCACAUACGGAAUGUGAUUCUUUCGCCCCACCGCUGCCUCACGUGCCUUCUGGUGAUGUGACGAGGCUUGAAAGCACUGAGUCGGGAGAAUGUGGUGGCGGCAUGCGAGAUGUCCGAUCACCCAAUCGUCCGCUCUGUCUACCAGACUCGCUCCCUACUCCCGCGUGCCUCACUCCUGUCGCAGCCAGUAAAAUUAUUUCCCCCUUGAGGGCGAGUCAGACGCACCUGCCAACCAAGGUCCAUCAAAAGCAGAAAGUGAAGUUGAAAAAGAGUAAAGGAAAAAAGUUGAAGGCCGUUAAGGAAAGUGGUGCGAAAUCGUCCAAAACAAAAUCGCAUAUGUAG